GUUAACUGUUAACAUAAGUGUUAGUGUACAAGUGUCGAUUAGUUGUGCAAUAUUUAUUUAUUUCUUUAAAAAGCGUUCAGUGUUUUUGUUACUCCUAUAAAUAUGAGGUCGAUUUUGGGGUAGCUUACGUCUAAUUAUUUGGACUACGUUUUGAGAACUUAGAGUGGAGGAUUACCUAGCGGGACGCAAAGGACAGGAACUGCCAUCAACAGGAUUCGGAUUCGCCUCCCCUGUCAGCUCGACCCAGCAGUCAGCGGCGUUCUCUCUCGAAGCCUCUAAAUAUACUGGAUUUGGAACAACACGGUGCGGGGGUCAGGCCCAGCAGCCAGGUACAUUGGCAAAGUUUAUUCCGAUUGCGGGCACGGAUACAAUGGUAAACAAAGGUACCACCCGGACCAUCAAUACGCGGCUCCAGUGUAUCACAGCCAUGAAGGAGUAUGAGAAUAAAAGUUUGGAGGAACUUAGAGUGGAGGAUUACCUAGCGGGACGCAAAGGACAGGAACUGCAAACAACAGGAUUCAGAAUCGCCUUCCCUGUCACGUCGACCCAGCAGUCAGCGGCGUUCACUCUCGAAGCCUCUGAACAUACUGGAUUUGGAACAACAAGCACGGGGACCACUGGGUUCGGCCAGCCAGCUGCCAGCACGGGGAGUGGAAGCUUUGGGAUGUCCACUCCAGCAACAGAAGGACUGUUUGGUAAUAAGCGAGCAUUUGACACUCAGACUACGGCCUCAACCAGUUUUGGUUCUGGAUCUAUGACCGGUUCCAACCUGUUCUCUGAGCAAAUCUCAACCCGCACCGCGUUGUAUUGCGUAUUCACCACGGAAACCACCCAGCCCACUGACUUUGGUGCAAGGUGCAGCGGUCAGGCCCAGCAGCCAGGUACACUGGCAAAGUUUAUUCCGAUAACGGGCACGGAUACAAUGGUAAACAAAGGUACCACCCGGACCAUCAAUACGCGGCUCCAGUGUAUCACAGCCAUGAAGGAGUAUGAGAAUAAAAGUUUGGAGGAACUUAGAGUGGAGGAUUACCUAGCGGGACGCAAAGGACGGGCACUGAUGACAACAGGAUUCGGAAUCGCCUUCCCUGUCAUGUCGAUCCAGCAGUCAGGGGCGUUCGCUCUCGAAGCCUCUAAACAAACUGGAUUUGGAACAACAAUUGAGAGUCAAAUGGAACGCUUUGUAAAAGGUGCAUCCGUGCCAUUAGCAGAUGGACCCCAGCCAGAGUGUAGUUACAGCAAGAAAAUUAGUCUGCCUGAAACAAAAGUAUCUCGGGUGCAGCCAGAAUUACAGUUGCAACCUGCCUCUAAAAUGGCCCUACCACCACCUUCUGCUUUGGAACCAGUCAACAAGAGAAGACAGUCUUCUGUAGUGAGGUUUGAUCAUGAUGGACCCAAACCACUCUACAGAGAGAAUGUUGACUCAAGCUCCAUAAAAUUUGGUACUGAAGAAAUGUGUGCAGAGUUUGCAACCAAGUUAUUUCUAUCAUCUCCUUCGGUGUCAGAGACAACAGGAGUAAUAACAAACCUUGAUGUCUAUACAAAUAUACAGCAAAUUUGUCAAACGGAAGUACAGAGAAGUGGACCAAAAGGUCGAUUUGGAUUAGUCACAUCAAUAACACUUAUUGGUGGCAAGAGCAUCGUAAGGAAAAGGAUACAAAGGCAGGAGUUUUCCAAGAAUGAGGUGAUCAUACUUUGCAACAUCAAACAUUCUAGCAUCAUCAAACUCUAUGGAGUUGUCGCAACACCUGAACAUGUUGACCUACUAAUGGAAAAUGGCGGCAUGAAUCUGUGUGAUUACAUGAAGCUGUAUCCAAAACUGCAACAUUCCACUAUCUUGACGUUGUUCAGGCAACUGAUGAGCGGCUUACAAUAUCUUCAUGAAGGUGGCCAUCGACAUCUGGAUAUAAAACCUGCCAACAUAUGCAUCUCUCAAGAUUUACUCAAGAUUAUUGAUUUUGGGUCUGCCAAAAUGAGUUCUGAGGUGAAUGACUUCAAGGGCAUGACACCGCAAUACAGAGCUCCAGACAUUGACAGAUAUCCACAACAAGGGUGUGAGGAUGAAGAGAUUGCCGGAAAGGCCGACAUGUUCUCAGCUGGUCUGGUCUUGAUGUAUAUGUUGACUGGAAAUCAUUUUCUUAAAAGAGAUGGAGAUGCGUCCAAAGCUGGAAAGUCAUUUCUUGCAUGGCUGCACAUGAAUAGACCAUUCAUCCCAAAGAAGUUCACAGAAUUAUAUCGCAAUGUGGUGGUUAAUCUCUUGAAGGACAAUCCGUCCGAAAGAUGGACUUCGUCUCAGGUGUUGGAUGUUCUGAAAGAAAAUGUUGAAAGUCAAGAACUCCAGGAAAAGACUCCAAGAGGAAGAGGAGACAAUCAACCAACCAGCAGGGACUCCACAUCUAUCAGUGAUGCUAAAGAUACAGCUCAUAUUAACAUCAAGAAUGAAACCAUGGGAGUAUCCUGUCCAAGGGAGAACAUGCCUGCAACACUGGUCGACCUUCAUGAAGGCACUGUUCAAAACUUGCCCGCCACCAACAUCGAAGUGGUGAACACGGUUUCUGAAGGAAGGAAGCCUGUAGCCAGUUUCAAGGAGCCUAGACUGGACCCUCAAGAUGGUACGGAAAGGUCAAUUUGCAAGGCUCCCAAUACUGAAGGAUGGAAACCAACUGGUUUGGUAGUAACUCUCAGUCAAUCAGCAAAAGUCAUCGAUGAUAAAACAGCAGUUGUGGACCAAGCAGAGGAUCAACAUGCAGGACAGGAAGCAGAUGAAAGUGGUAUGUCAACUGCAGAUACAUCGGGUGUUACAGAUGAGGGAGAAGAACAUCAACCUUUCACAGAUGAUGCUUUAGCAGACGAUGCUGCUAGAGAUUGGAGUAUGAGGGACCCACCUGAUGAUCAACAGAACAAUCAGUUGCCUUGUUUUGAUGAGCUGUUGUAGGAUAUGGACAGUUCCAGUUGUAUCAUAUAAUGAGGGAAUGCUUCAUAUCCGAAGACCUGGGCUUAUAGAAACUGUUUAAUCAUCAUUAUUUGUGGAACUUUCUUUGUUUUCAUGGGUUGUCUAAUCCACAAAUUUAACACACAAACAUCAAAAAAAUAACCUAUGCUCAUUACUAUUAUGUUUCCAUAAUCACAAAUCCUGGAUUUAAUGUCUACAAAAAAGUCAUUUUUUGAAAAAAACAAAAAAACAAAAUGUCAUGCUUACGAAUAUAAAUAAUUUUACAAUAUGAAAAAAAAGUAUUUUUGAGUAUACCUCAACUUAAAGUAGUUGAGAUCAAGAAUAUGAAUCUCUUAGCACCCAAGCAUUCUGAAUGCUUAUUAGUCCCCUACCGGUUUCACCGGAGGGGACUUACGGUUUUGUAUCCGUCAGUCCGUCACACUUUUCUGGAUCCUGCGAUAACUCUAAAAGUUCUUAAUAUAUUUUCAUGAAACUUGGAAUAUGGAUAGAUGGCAAUAUGGACAUUAUGCACGUCAUUUUAUUUUGUUCCUACGUCAAAAAUUGUGGUUGCUAUGGGAACAAAUAGACUAGAAAUACUGCUGAAAAUGGUGUUUUUUUCUGGAUCCUGUGAUAACUUUAAAAGUUCUUAAUAUUUUUUCAUGAAACUUGAAACAUGGAUAGAUGGCAAUAUGGACAUUAUGCACGUCAUUUAAUUUUGUUCCUACGUCAAAAAAUUAUGGUUGCUAUGGCAACAAAUAGACUACAAAUAAUGCUGAAAAUGGUGGUUUUCUGGAUCCUGCGAUAAACAUGGAAAAUGGAUAGAUGGCAAUAUGGACAUUAUGCACGUCAUUUCAUUUUGUUCCUACGUCUAAAAUUAUGGUUGCUAUGGCAACAAAUAGACUAGAAAUACUGCUGAAAAUGGUGUUUUUCUGGAUCCUGCGAUAACUUUAAAAGUUCUUAAUAUUUUUUAAUGAAACUUGGAACAUGGAUAGAUGGCAAUAUGGAAAUUAUGCACGUCAUUUCAUUUUGUUCCUACGUCAAAAAUUGUGGUUGCUGUGGUAACAAAUAAAAAAAGUAUUCUGACAAUGGUGGAGCCGGUAGGGGACUUUUAUUACUUGGCAAUAGUCUUGUUGUCAUUGCUUUUUAUAAACAUGUAAUUUUUGUUUUGGCAUACAUGUAUAUAUGCAUCAAAAUUUGUUUGAAACAAUUGUUUUCAUCUUUUGUAAAAUAGUUUUUAGUUCCAUCAUCUGCAAGUGAUAUUUCCACAAUGCAACAUUUUUAUUUGAAGUUUAAGGUAUUCAAAUGUUAUUAUAAUACUUGUUAGUAGGGAAUAGAUGUUUUGCUGGUACCACUUAGUGUUUUUGUUUAGAUAUUUUAUUUGAAUGUUAAUGCAAUAUUUUAAUUCUGUGACAUUAAUUCAUUUUCUGUGCAGAAUGAUGUUUAAUUUAUACCAUGAAUGUAACUAACUCUUUAGGAAAAAAAAUGACUCUGCUUUGUUUGGUGUUAUUUUGCUGUGGAAAUCAGUAAAUUUAAUGUUACAAGUUAAAGUAUAUCAGAUUAAUUUUGUUAUGUUUAUUCAAUGGUGUGGUUGUAUUGAGUUUUUGUUGGGUCAUGAACUGUAUAUCUAGUUGCCCAAUAACCUUAAAACAACCGCCACUCAUUGUUAAAUGUAUAUAUUUAUGUUUGUAUACUAUUUGCAUUCGGUUGUUGUUCUAGCGUUAUUAUAUUUGAUUGUUUGGAUUGAUAUCUGAUGUAAACAAACAUUGAAUUAUGUUUUGUUAUUGCUUUGAAUGAUUUAUGAAUUUAUUUUGUUUAAAUAGUGGAUUAACACAUUCAAUUGCACCAUCGUUUGAAUAGAUUUAACGUUAUUUCUUUUCUUGCAACAGAAAACAAUGCAUUCAUUUGUUUUGGAAAUUUUAAAUACUUUGUCAUCAGAAUAACACAAUAUUCAAAAUAACCCAUGCUGAAAUGUAUCUUUAUAAUGCAAUAUAAUUUCAAUUAACAUGUAGUGAUUGAAAAGUUACUCUGUAUACUAGCUUUGUGUAUAGACAUUGUGAUUGAAACUUAAGUUGCUAUUCUAGAUUUGUGUGAGCACGUUGUGAUUGGGAUUGAGAAAUGCAUGAAUAGAUGCUGAGACUGGGUAUGUUUUAUAUUAGACAUCUUAUUAUGUUUAUAUACAUGUUAUGUGAUCGGGGGAUGAUGUCAACAACAAUAAUUGGGAAAGAAAUUUGCAAAUAUUUGUUGACAACAAAAAUCAUUUGUUCGGACAAUGCAAAAACGACAUGAACUUUUUUACUAUUGAAAAUCAUUGUGCUAUCACUAUGAUUAUUCAUGUUUUACAUCAAUUAGGAAUGUGUGUAUGAAUUGAUAAAUAUAAUGGAAAAUCAAUUGUAUAAAACGCUUUUCUGCUUAGGGUAGGAAGCUUUAUAUGGACAUGGUUAUUGCGAAUUUAUGCAUGGAUACUUGUAGAAAAUAUAUAUAAAUAUAUAUAUGGUCGCUGCAAUGGGGAAUUUUUCAUACAUAUAUAAACAAGUAUCUCUUUAUAAUUGGAAUUUAUGAAUGACUGCAGGUUAGAAGUGUGUGUAUACACUUUAAAUGUGCAACUGUUAAUGAUUUUUAUGUCAAAUUAUAUUAUUGAAAUGAAAAUGCAUUUUAAAGCUUUUGUUUUUACUAUUUAUAAAAUAUUUAAGUGUUGUAACGUGCAGUUUAAAUACAAACAUUGUUUUUGGCCUUUUAACCAUUAUUAUAGUGCUGGUGUUUUAAGACUUGAACCAACUAUUCUAUACAUGUAGCUGUUAAUUGUCUGGUAACUAAGUACUGGGAUUUUAUGUUUGUUUAUUGAAGUUUAAUUUGAUUGAUAGACACCUGGAUAAUCUAUGCUUAAUAAUUUACUAGUUUAUUGAUCCUAUCAUUUUACAUGCUGCAAAUGUUGUCAUCAUAUAUGUUUAAUUUUAUGAUUUGUUGAUUUUAUAGAAACUCUAAUAAUUGGAUAGUAUUAAAUGAACUUUUAAUUUGAUUCUUUUGAAAGAAAAUAAUUUUAAAAUCGUGUUGAUGAUAUCUUUAUAUGAAAUAGUACUUAAGGAAUUAUGUACUGAAAUUAUGAGAAUAUGAUUUUGGUAAUGAAUUUGGUACCAUGUAUAUAUAAAUUGUAAAUGUAUAACCAUUGUGUUUGUAAUAACAUGUCUUGAACUGUUAUUUGUACACUUAGUUUUUCAAUGGAUUCGUGGGGCCUUAGAACCGUCGCUUACAACACAAAAAGUGAAAUGCUUAUAUCUAAUAAAUUACCGCACAUGCUUAGACUCACACUUGUGUUAAAAGGAAAAUUAAAAUUUUCAAUUAAUGUUUGUGAUAAAUACGAAUUCAAGAAUUCUGACUUAUUGUAUCUAAUUUACAACUAACUCACUAAGCAUUGGGCUUAUUCUAUUCAAUAAACAAUGUAAUAAUUAAGGUUUGAAUAAAUAGUUUUAGAUACAAAAUUUUAUAGACUAAGCAUUGAAAUUGCUUUAUCCAAGCAAUAUAAAACUUGUAUACUAAAACAUGGAUUUAUUGUAUUCAUAAACAACUUUAAGGCCAAGAAACGGACUAAUCGUAUCAUAAAAAAUCCUAAGACUAUAAAAUAUUGUAUAGAAUAAUCAGAUUAAAGAGAAUGCAUUGGACUUAGUGAAUCACAUGAACAACAUAAAGACCAGUCAUUGGAUAUAUUGUUUCCAAUAAACAACUUAAAGGCAAGGAAUUCGACCUAUUUUACUUCAUGAACAAUUUAAAGACUCAACUUUGGACUCAUUGUAUAUAUAAACAAUAAUAACACAAA